GCCCGCUGCUGGAGCGCACAGACGGCGGCCCGCGGGGCGAGGCGAGCGUCGCAGCGAUGCUGCGAGGCGGUGGGCGCCGGCAGCUUGGCCGGCACGGCCGGCCUACGGGCCCGGGCAGCCUGCUGGCCUGGCUGAUGCUGGCAUCUGCGGGCGCCGCACCCUGCUCUGAUGUCUGCUGCCCCCACGGCCCUUCGGGGCUGCGCUGCACCCGGACUGGGGCCCUGGAUAGCCUCCGCCACCUGCCGGGCACCGAGAACCUUACGGAACUCUACAUCGAGAACGAGACGCAGCUCCGGCAUCUGAACCUCACUCACCUGAGGGGCCUGGGGGAGCUGAGAAACCUCUCCAUCGUGAAGAGUGGCCUCCAUUUCGUGGCGCCAGAUGCAUUCCAUUUCACCCCUCAGCUCAGUCGUCUGAAUCUGUCCUCCAAUGCUCUGAAGUCCCUCUCCUGGAAAACCGUCCAGGGCUUGUCCUUACAGGAACUAGAUCUAUCGGACAAUCCUCUGAACUGUUCCUGUGCCUUGCACUGGCUGCGGCGCUGGGAGGAGGAGGUCCUGGGCGGCAUCCGUGAACAGGGGCUGCGGUGUUUCAUGCCGGGGUCCUUGCACCCCCUGUCCAACACCAGCUGCGUCGUGCCCAUGCUGAAGAUCUGGAUGCCCAACGCCACUGUGGACGUGGGGGACGACAUGCUGCUGCAGUGCCAGGUGGAGGGACGGGACCUGGAGGGGGCUGGCUGGAUCUUCACGGAGCUGGAGGAGUCGGCCAGAGAGACGCGAUCUGAGGAUCUGUCAUCUGUGACGCUGACCCUGGCCAAUGUCACCAGUGACUUCAAUAGAAAGAACGUGACCUGCUGGGCGGAGAACAACGUAGGCCGGGCUGAAGUCUCUGUCCAGGUCAACGUCUCCUUCCCCGCCACAGUGCGGCUACACAACCCGGUGGAGAUGCACCACUGGUGUAUCCCCUUCUCGGUGGAUGGCCAGCCGGCGCCCUCUCUGCGCUGGCUCUUCAACGGUUCCGUGCUCAACGAGACCAGCUUCAUCUUCACCGAGUUCCUGGAGCCUGCAGCCAAUGAGACCAUGCGUCACGGGUGCCUGCGCCUCAACCAACCCACCCACGUCAACAAUGGCAACUACACGCUGCUGGCCGCCAACCCCUUGGGCCAGGCCGCCGCCUCGGUCAUGGCCGCCUUCAUGGACAACCCAUUCGAGUUCAACCCCGAGGAUCCCAUCCCUGUCUCCUUUUCACCAGUGGAUACUAACAGCACGUCUGGAGACCCGGUGGAGAAGAAGGAUGAGACACCUUUUGGGGUCUCAGUGGCCGUGGGCCUGGCUGUCUUUGCCUGCCUCUUCCUUUCUACACUAUUUCUCGUGCUCAGCAAAUGCGGACGGAGGAACAAGUUUGGGAUAAACCGCCCCGCCGUGCUGGCUCCAGAGGAUGGACUGGCCAUGUCCCUGCAUUUCAUGACACUGGGUGGCAGCUCCUUGUCACCCAUCGAGGGCAAAGGCUCCGGGCUGCAAGGCCACAUUAUUGAGAACCCACAAUAUUUCAGUGAUGCCUGUGUUCGCCACAUCAAGCGCCGGGACAUCGUGCUCAAGUGGGAGCUGGGCGAGGGCGCCUUCGGGAAGGUCUUCCUUGCCGAGUGCCACCACCUGCUGCCUGAGCAGGACAAGAUGCUGGUGGCUGUCAAGGCGCUAAAGGAGGCCUCGGAGAGCGCGCGGCAGGACUUCCAGCGCGAGGCAGAGCUGCUCACCCUGCUUCAGCACCAGCACGUCGUGCGCUUCUUCGGCGUCUGCACCGAGGGCCGCCCGCUGCUCAUGGUGUUCGAGUACAUGCGGCACGGGGACCUCAACCGCUUCCUCCGGUCCCACGGGCCGGAUGCCAAGCUCCUGGCCGGCGGGGAGGACGUGGCUCCAGGCCCCCUGGGUCUGGGGCAGCUGCUGGCCGUGGCUAGCCAGGUCGCUACGGGGAUGGUGUACCUGGCGGGACUGCACUUCGUGCAUCGGGACCUGGCCACGCGCAACUGUCUGGUGGGGCAGGGCCUGGUGGUUAAGAUCGGCGAUUUCGGCAUGAGCAGAGAUAUCUACAGCACCGACUACUACCGCGUGGGAGGCCGCACCAUGCUGCCCAUCCGCUGGAUGCCACCCGAGAGCAUCCUCUACCGCAAGUUCACGACCGAGAGCGACGUGUGGAGCUUCGGCGUGCUGCUCUGGGAGAUCUUCACCUACGGCAAGCAGCCCUGGUACCAGCUCUCCAACACCGAGGCAAUUGAGUGCAUCACACAGGGACGGGAGCUGGAGCGGCCGCGUGCCUGCCCACCGGAGGUCUAUGCCAUCAUGCGGGGCUGCUGGCAGCGGGAGCCCCAGCAGCGCCACAGCAUCAAGGAUGUGCAUGCCCGGCUGCAGGCCCUGGCCCGGGCGCCCCCCGUCUACCUGGACGUCCUGGGCUAGGCGCUGGCCCAGCGCUGGGGGCGGCUCCCAGCAGCCCCAGCCUGACCUCAGAGCCUCUAAAUCCCCCUCAGCAUGCGGGAGGGGCCAGGUGAGGUCUGGGAGGGAGGGUGCCCUCUUCUCUAGGCUGGGCUCCGUCACAGCAAUUAUAUUUAUUAUCCCUUG